AUGGAGCUGAACCGUCGGAGACGGGCAGGUGCCGCGUGCCCUGAUGGUACAAAGCGCAAAGUUGAUGCGGACAAGUUGGAGGAGGAAAGAGCAAAGCUUGAAGAAGAGCGUGAAGCGAUCAGGCAGGAGCGUGAGCGACUCCAGAUAGAAAAAGAGAGGGAAGCUUUGCGAAAAGAGCGCGAAGCUCUAGCACGAGAACGUCAGCAGGCAUCCCAGAAUGUUGGCAGCUCGGCCAGCGGCACUGCGGGCAACUCUGCGCAGGCCUUGACCCCUGGGAUGCUCAUCCGCAUACAGGGUCUCCGCGGGGCUCCAGAGCUAAAUGGCUUGGAGGCUACAAUCUUGCGCUUUGACGAGGCGUCGGGGCGCUUCAUUGUCAACGUCAGUGAGGGCAAGGGGCAGAAAAGCUUGAAGGAUGCCAACCUCGUCCCACUGGUUGCUCAACCCGCCGGGCUGUGGAAGAAAGUCACGGACAUGGCAUCAAGCACACUACGCCACGUACAGCGCGGCUGUGCUGAGGCACAAGUAUGCAUUGCCAACUCCGGAUACAGCUGGUGGCAAAUCCUGCUUGGAGUUGCCGUUGUUGUGCUUGUUGUCAGCGCUGUGAUGCAGGCCAGCUCCAGGCACAAUUCCAGGAAGGCACCGUCUUCAUCAUCCGGAGGCAGCCGUACCAGUACCUACCGCCCCGAGUACGGUGAGGACCCUUCCUUUCAUCGAAGAGCGCCCAGAUAUGAGGAAGAUGACUUCGGCUACUCGGACUACGACGACUCCGGGAGUGGAGGAAUUGAUUUCGGGGGGAUGCAGAAAUAUCUGAUCAUUGGAGGUUUGGCGAUCUUGUGCUGGAAGGGCAUCAUACCUAUCCACCGGAUGGACUGGUUCCAGCUGUACAUGCUCUGGAACUUCCUGCAGUCCACCGGCAUUCUAGGUGGCCGCGGGGGUCAUUACGGUGGGUUUGGGCGAAGAAGACGAGGCUUCUUCUAA